GUUGCGGAAACUAAGGUACUUUUGUACGAGAUGAUUGCUAGCGAAGACGCUGGGAGUGAGGUGGAAGAUGACGAAUCACCUUCUAAAAAAUCCGAUGAAUUGACAACAGUUGAUCUGCGUCUGGACGAUGAGGAGCCGGAUGGAGGUUCUCCUAAACUGACCCUAACUGCGGAGAAUUCCGAACAUCUUCCAUUCACUGCCUUUGCCGAACGAUCAAAAAUUGAAAUUUCAAUCAGGCAGUACGAGAAGAAAGGAGAGGGUAUGAACGCAUAUAUAGUCUAUAAAAUUGUUACAAAGACAGAGAACGUGCUAAGCUUUGCAAAUAAAGAGUACGAAGUCUGGCGUCGCUUUAGUGAUUUUUUGGGGCUACAUGAGAAACUUAUGGGGAAAUAUUUUCACAAAGGAACCAUGGUCCCACCUCCACCUGAGAAAAGCAUUGCAGCUCUUACGAAAACCAUUAUGAAUCAUGGCAAUGACGAACAUACUACGAAUGACUUCGCUGAAAGACGCGCUCGGGCCCUCCAGCGAUUUUGCACUCGCAUUUCGCGCCACCCAAAGUUGGUUACAGAUUGUGAUUUUCGCGAGUUUUUAACAGUUGAUGCUCCUCUACCAAAGGCCACUUCAACGGCUGCGUUGAGUGGAGCUAGUGUGAAAAGGAUGUUUAAAAAUUUUGGAGAUGUAUUUUCGAAGAUGGCUUACCAUAUGGACGAAAACGAUAGAUGGUUUGAAACAGCUCAACAACAGAUGGAUGAUAUGGAGCAGACGUUGACAAAACUUCUUAGAGCUGUUGAAAUGGUUGGCAGUUAUAGGCAUGAAUUAGCAGGUGGUACAGAAUUAUUCUCCAAAGCUCUUUCAAUGCUAGCAUCAUGCGAAGAAAACACUGGUCUUGCUAGGGUCUUGUCGCAUUUGACGGAAGCACAAGAAAGUGUUGCGCACUUUCAUUCUGUACAAUCGGAGAGGGAUCAGUCCCUGUUUAUUGAAGUCAUACAGGAACAGUUGAAUUAUCUUCUAGUGAUGAAGGAGCUUUUUUUCGAAAGGGUUAAGGUGUGGCAAAGCUGGCAAGCAGCGCAGCAGAAUUUAACAAGAAAACGUGAGCUAAAGGGGCGAUACGAGGCUGCUAGAAAAGUGGAUAAAAUUGCACAAGUCAGAGACGAAUUGACUGUUGUAGGUUCUUACAAUUAUCUGGUAACAAGUGAACUGCUCCUCAAGUUUGACAAGUUUGCGGAGCAGCAGGUUGAUGAUGUCGAAAAAGAGUUUGCAGAAGUGAGCAAAGUUAUUCGAGAGGAGUAUGAAAGGUACUUGAAUGAAAGAAGAGUUGACAUUCAUGGUAUGUUUGUGAAAUAUGUUGAGGGUUUACUAGAAACUCAAAGGAUGCUCCUUCAGCAGUGGGAAAGGUUUGCCCCCGAAACCCGAACAAUUGUUACUGUUUAA